AUAAACAAACACAACAAAAUAAAAAAUCAAAUAAUAAUAACAGUUAUAAUAAUAGUAAACAAAACUUUUUAACUUGUCCGCUUUGCUCCCAACGCCAUUUACUAUUUUCGUGUGAAUCUUUUAGAGCUUUGUCUAUUGAGAACCGUAUACAAAAAGCAAAGGAUUUUAAAGUUUGUCUUAACUGCUUACGCCCUGGUCAUUUUGCUAAGCAAUGCAAGCUCACUCAUUGCAAAUAUUGUAAAACUAAACACAACACUCUUUUACAUUUGGAAUCACAAAAUUUAGUACCUUUUAUUAAUCCUUUGCCUUCUGCUAUUGACAAUGUUACCUCCGCAGCUACUUCCUUGCAGAUUGCUACUUCUUCCCAUGUUUUACUGUCCACAACAUUGGUGAACGUCUUGAACACUUCGGGCGAGAAGUACACUGCCCGGCUACUACUGGACAACGGUAGUACAGCCAACUUCGUAACGCAACGCUUGUGUGACAAGUUGGGUUUGUCACGAUGCGGCACGAGAACAAAGGUCACAGACAUAGAGCUCAAAAUGUACAACCUGUAAUGGGACAGCUACCUCUUAAUAGAACACAAUUAGAUUUUCCAUUUCAAAACUGUAAUGUUGACUAUGCUGGCCCAGUUUUGAUAGCCGAUCGAAAGGGACGUGGUUGUAAGUUGUUGAAAUCUUAUCUGUGCAUUUUUGUUUGUUCUGCAGUGAAGGCUGUACAUUUGGAGCUUGUUACGGACCUCACCACCGAAGCUUACAUGGCUGCUCUGAAUCGGUUCGUGGCGCGGCGAGGCAAGCCUCAAAGCAUCACGUCCGAUAAUGGCACUAACUUUGUCGGUGCAUCGAAUGAUCUUCAAAGGUUCCUUUCGAGUAAUAAUCUUGCAUCUCAUAUAGCCCAGGAAGGCAUUGAAUUUAUUUUUACUCCUCCCUACACACCCCAUUUUAAUUCAUUGGCCGAAGCUGCAGUCAAAUCAUGUAAGCAUCAUUUAAAAAGAUUAUUGCAUCUCACUCAUUUCACAUUCGAGGAAAUGACAACUUGCCUUUGUAAAAUCGAGGCCGUCCUCAAUUCACGACCUCUUACCUCUCUUUCUUCUGACCCUAACGAUUUUUCGGCUCUUACACCUUCCCAUUUCCUAAUUGGGCGACCAUUGCUGACUGUACCUCACCCUCAUGUGGCUGACGUCACUAUCACCCGUCUGGAUCGAUGGAAACGCAUCCAACACGUUCAGCAACACUUCUGGCGACGGUUUCAUAACGAGUAUGUCUCUCUGCUACAGACCAAGACGAAAUGGUUGGCAUCCACAGGCGAGGUCAAGCCUGGACAGCUGGUGCUCAUCAAGGAGAAGACCCCGCCACUGCUCUGGUCACUAGGGCGGGUCGUGAAGACCUAUCCAGGCGUGGAUGGCAUCACCAGGGUGGCCGAAUUGAAGACCAAGAGGGGGACCAUACGUCGAGCCUUCAACUGCAUCUGCCCGCUUCCACUUCAUUGAAGAAGAUGACUCUUCAACCCGGGGAGUAUGUUGGCGCUUCUCGAGUCCUCGGGCUUCAUCGAGAUCGAUCGGCCAUCAUCGGCUCCGCGCGAGGCGCCGGCACACUCCGUACGUGCCCGACGCCCACUCAGCCUCACGACCGUCACCGGUGUCAGACGCGGCCCUCCCACGUAGGCGCGAACUAGCGAUAUAUUUAUAAUCAUUACACCUAUGAAAUACA